AUGCCGGGUCCAUGUCAACGUCUGCGUUUAUCAUCGUUAACAUCGGUAUUGAAGUCGCAGCCGCGUGCCAACAGUGCGGAUUAUCCCUCCUCGACACCGCCCAGCAAACGCAACAACCACAGUAACGGCUCCACAAUACAUCUGAUGCGCAAGCAACAGCAUCGUGUUGUGGUAAUGGGUGCUGCCAAAGUCGGUAAAACUUGCAUCAUUUCACAAUUUCUUUAUGACAAAUUCAAUACACGUUACAAGCAAACCGUCGAAGAGUUACAUCGUGGAGAGUAUGAAUUGGCUGAUGGUUCUGCUCUAACACUGGACAUACUGGAUACAUCGGGUUCUUUUGAAUUUCCAGCAAUGCGUACGUUGUCCAUAACGACGGGUGCUGCAUUCAUCUUGGUGUAUGCCGCCGAUGACAAAGAGUCGUGGCAUGAGGUGGAAAGAUUACGUAAUAUGAUCAUCAGUCAAAAAGGUAUGAAACCACCCAUUGUUGUUGUUGGCAACAAAAUUGACAUUAAUGAAGAUGAACGUCAGGUGGAGCAUGAAGUCACCGAAAUGGUGGUGUGUGAAGAUUGGAACUGUGGUUAUGUUGAAUGUUCAGCCAAAGAAAAUACCGGCAUAGUGGAAGUAUUUAAAGAGCUGUUGGUACAGGCCAACAUACGCUAUAAUUUAAGUCCGGCGGUCAGACGACGACGUCAAUCGUUGCCCUCAUUUACGUCGGCCAAGGGCAGUAAAAGUCCGUCACAUCGUAGCAUCCUGAAGCGUCAUUCGUGUACAAUGACUUAA